GCGCAGCCUACCCCCAAUUCUUCAUCCUCCGUCAAUCCGUUGAAUACCAGGGAAUCAGGAAUCAGAAAAAGGUUUGUCAUUCCUAUCUGAUCGCCUCUGUUCUUGGAAACUUAGUGGUGGCCUCAUUUGGAGUUCAUUGUGGUAGCUGGUUUGAUCGGGUGUGAGUUCGUCUAAAGUUGGGUGCUUCGGCUGAGGUUUUUGAUCAUCGGGUUGGGGUAUUUGUUGGGAUGUGAAUUGCUUUCUACGAUUUAUGUUAGAUGGGCUCAGAUCGUGUGUCAAUUCUUGAAAUUGGCGAUCUGAAGGUGGAAGAAGCUGUUUGGCGUAAUUGCGAGAGAGCGAAGUUUUGUGCGGGUACUUCUUCCUUCCAUGUGUCUUGAGAUUUCUGUUCCAACUUGCAUCAUCUUUUAUCCGCGACCAUCCAAUUGAAAACAGAAUAGUAUUCGUUGAGGCUUAGUGAUAGAUUAUUCGUCUCUGUAGGACUGGUUGAGUAAUCUGUGUUUUAUCUCUAAAUACAGACAAGAAACUAUUGUAGGCUUUGAGCAGGUAAGAGAACAAAUGGUUAUCUUUAUUCCCUCUCUAAGUCAGGGCUAACCUUUUCAUUCAACUUGCUGAUUACACCACGAUCUCGGAUUGGGAACUUGGCUCUGGAGCUUCUAAAAGCUCCUAUGUUGUGCUUUAGUGGUUUAGAGAAGGUUUAUUAUUAACAACAUUGUGGAAGUUUUUCGAUUGGAUAGCUUCGAGCAUUUAGGCAUUGGAGAGCGAGAAACAUGCUGUUUCUAGACUGUUUGGAUUAGUGUUAUUGUAUCAUAGUGAUGCAGUUCGAAUUUGUAGAGCUUUAUUUUAAGGUUAUAUAAAUGAGGGACAGACUACUUAAUUCGUGAAACUGCUCUUUAACAUAUCACUUUUCUUUGGUGUCAUGUCUGAGUUUGAGGUCCCUUGAAUCUUUUAGCCCUUUGGUACUUACUUGUGGUCUGAUUGUAUUGUCGAAACAACUGUAGCUUUGCACCCCCAAGUAAUUAGAGUAAUGAUUCUCGUUGCUAAAUUUUGAAUAUGCUAAAUGGUUGCACUCUGGGUUCUUUAUUUAUGUUUUUGGUAUUCAAUUCACAAUCCGAAGUUAAUUUGUUAAACUUAGGAACGGCAUGGCAGCAGAAGAUGUUGAUCUGUCAAGUUUGGAAUCUCAGAUAAAGGAAACUAAUGAGACAUGGAUGCAAGAAAUGGAACGGCACCAAUGCCAAGUUGAUACAUUGCAGGAAAAGCUUAAAGAGGUAAAGGCUUCUGUACAGGGGUCCGAGGAAGAUGCCAACAAAGAGUUGAAUGUUCUCUGGCGAAGAGUGAAAACCACUGCAAGAUUACUGGCUUACUUGAAAUCAAAGGCAAGAGUCAUGUCCCUUACAGGUCUUGCUCCGACAUCUUGUGGCAUCAAAGAAUUAGGUGUUGGGCUCGUCAACAAGGAUGGUGUACCUCUCUCAAGUUGGUCUAAUGAUGUUGACCUAUCAUCCUUGGAUAUUACAGAUGUAGAAGAAAGUUUAUGUAGACUCAGUAUCCGGCAAGGAAACUGUGAUGAAAAAGAUGAAGCUUAUAUUAGGGAAAUGGUCAAAUCCAUAGAGAUGGUAACUGGUGUAAUGGAAACUCUUGUUAAAAGGGUUAUAUUUGCAGAAUUAGAAACUGCAAUGGAGAAAGAGAAAGUGUCCAUAGGCCAGGAAGAAAUUAGGAAGAAGGCAGUCCAAAUUGAUGACAUGUCUUCAAAACUGGAAAAGAUGGAAGAUUUUGCUUUUGGGACGAAAGCUAUUCUGGAGGACAUGCAACAAAGGAUAGAGAAUUUGGUUGAUGAGAUAUCUAGACAGACGCAGCGAGCUGAAGAAAAUGAACAGGAGCUUUCUCGGGUGAAAAGGGACUUCGAGUCCUUGAAAUCUUAUGUCAGCAGUCUCAUGAGCGUGAGGGAGACACUUCUGUCUUCGGAGCAGCAAUUUCAGACAAUAGAGAGGCUUUUCGAAAGAUUGGUUGCCAAGACAACACAAUUAGAGGGUGAGAAAAUGCAGAAGGAAACUGAAGUUCAGAAACUGAUGGAUGAAAACGUGAAGCUGACAGCUCUGCUGGACAAGAAAGAGGCUCAGUUACUGGCCAUGAACGAACAAUGCAAGGUAAUGGCCCUCGGCUUCCCAAAUGUAUAAACGGAGUGUGGUUUAUCUCAUUCAUAACUCUGGGGCACCUCUCCUAAACCACGGUCGCUGCGUGCUCCCGACUGGACUGCCAAACAAACCCUGAGAAUUCAGUAGUUGAGUGACGGUGGUUGCUGGAUGCGGAUCACAGAUCUGCCUCCUCGCACAUAUGUAACAUUGUCGAGAGCGCACUGAACUUCUGUACUGCCCAUUCUUGUGCCGCAGCAAAAGAAGGUGGACUAAAAAAUGGAAGGUAGCAAAAAAAAAAAAAAACACUAAAUGGUGUGUAAGGUCUCCAUACUUGAUUGUGAGUCUGAUAUUAAGUCGAAUGUUUGAUGAGUUUGACGCUUAUUUUACGGCAGAGCUAUUGUUGCGUUUCUCUUCAACCGUUCUGUUCUGUUCCUUUUUCACUUUGCUACCGGCUGCUGCUACCGGGCGGCAGGUUGUCCUAUACGGUAUCUACAUUAGUGAUGAACACAAGCAAACUUGAAGGUAAUAGAGAUUAGGUUUCAUU